AUGGAUUUCUUCGAUGUCUUGCGCAAAGGAUGCACCUUUGGAGGUGCCAAAAAGUCCAAAACCGUUGCCUUUGGCAAGCGAACAAAUCCCGAGGAGAAAGAGACCUCCGGCCAAAGGUCCACUUCCUCGACCUCGCCCUUGGAUUUCUUCAACUUGGGCGGCGGGCCAUUGCAGGUGGAGCCUCACACGCCUCCAGCGUCCCCAAAGCCCAAGCCAAGACCACCGCCAAAGGAGCGGAGACCUGCGGCUUCUAAGGAAGGUGAAGAAGACGUUCACCUAUCUCCAGAAGAAAAAGAAAAACAGAGGCGGCAACAACGCGAAGCCGUGGCUGCGCUACGUCGCAGACAUCGGAUUCAUGUGAGCCCUCAAACGCCGGACCCCAUCGCAUCGUUUGACGAGAUGCCCAAGAGUGGCGUGCCUCAUUGGCUGGUGCGAAAUCUGAAGUCAAUGGGAUUUUCUCAGCCCACACCAAUCCAGAUGCAAUGCUUUCCAGCAAUUCUGUCUGGAAACCAUGUCUUGGCUUCUGCUCCUACAGGCAGCGGCAAGACCAUCGCCUUCCUGGGGCCCAUCUUGGCCACACUGGGCAAACCUGGGAAGGACUUUGCUCGCUGUUUGAUCGUGGACCCUUCACGCGAGCUGGCGAAGCAGACGCUUGAUGAAUUCACCAAGCUGACCACCAGUCGGAAGUGGAACGGUCGCCUGGUGGAUCGCAUGUCGGGCCAGAAGGCCGGCAACAUCAAGUGCCUGGAUGUCGCGGUGGCGACUCCCUUACGCCUGGUGCAGAUGCUCAAGGAGAACCGGAUCUCCUUGGAUGCCUGUCGACACUUAGUCUUCGACGAGGCCGACAAACUCCUGGACUUGGGCUUUGCUCCUCAGAUCGACGAGCUGCUGUCCUUCUGCCCCAAGGACGGUGGCAAACUGAUGCAGACAAUGAUGUUCUCAGCCACCCUGCCUCCGGUGGUGAUUGACCUGGCCGGUUCCAUCCUGACCUCGCCCAUGCGCAUCAGCAUUGGCGACGUGAACGCUGCGGCGCCCGAGGUGGAACAGAAGCUACUCUUCAUCACGAAUGAGGAUGGUAAAUUGUUCAGCUUCCGGCAACUUCUUCAGGACGGUGAAAUCAAGCCCCCUGCCUUGGUCUUUGUGCAGUCGAAGGAGCGAGCCAAGGAGCUGUUUGGUGAACUGGUCUAUGAUGGGAUCUUUGUUGAUGCCAUCCAUGCUGAUAGAACCAAACAGCAACGAGACAACACAGUGAAAGCUUUCCGUGCCGGAAAGCUAUGGGUCCUGGUGUGUACAGAUUUGAUGGCCCGUGGCGUGGAUUUCAAAGGUGUCAUUAACUAUGACUUCCCUCAGUCUGCUGCCACAUACAUUCACAGGAUUGGACGAACGGGUCGUGCGGGCAGGACAGGAAAAGCCAUUACCAUGUUCACCAUCGAGGAUUUCGAAUCCUUGCGCAGCAUUGUGGGAGUCAUGCGGCAAUCGGGCUGUGAAGUCCCUGACUGGAUGCUGAGACUGAAGCCCAAGUCCAAAAAGGCCAAGCGGCUUGCAGAGUGGAGACAGCCCAAGCGCAAACGCAUCAGUACCAUUUCUGGCUACGACCUGAGAAAAUCCCACAAAAAGAAGCAGAUGGUCGAGGCGAGCAAGAAGCGAAAGGCUGAAGGCGAUGACGACUGA